AUGAGUUCUUCAUCAAGCUCUCGCGAACCUUCACCAUCUAUGAAACAAACUUUACCAAACGAUUAUGGAGCACCUAUUGAAUAUUUCUUACGAGCUGCACAAUGGCAAAGAGCAGUCUCACCAAGGUUAGGUGUUCCACCAGCUCCUGUCAAAAAUAGCAUUUGGUCAAGUCCCUAUAUAAGAUAUGGUCUCCCACUAGGUUUGCUAGCUACAGCAGGAGCAGUUAUGAUGUUGAAAAGAAAUAAAGCAAAUGUUGUAAAUAAUACUGAAGUAGCUGAAGUUAAACAAACUCCAACACCUUCACAAGCAAAACCUUCAAUGACUCCUGAACCUAUGGAAGUACAAACUCCUGUUCAAAAGUCAACUCCUAAACCGACUCCAACAUUUAAACCAGAACCUACUCCUCAAAUAAAUCGUAAAACUCCUGCGUUUCCUUACUAA